CUUCAUCUUCUCUAAACUCUAAUAAUUAAUAGCAUUCAGUAAAGAGUAGAAGAAGAAGAAGAUGGGAGGAGUUAUUAGAGUGUUGAUGAUUGUAAUGAGUUUGGUGCUUGUGUGGUGUGCCAUAACCACAAAUUGCAAAUCAUCCCAUUCCUAUUCCCACCAGAUAAACAUAAACAACAACUGCACUUCUGCUUGUGGUGCCAUUCAAAACAUUAAGUAUCCUUUCCGAUUAGCCGGCGAUCCCAGCUCUUGUGGCCUUCCCGAUUACCAACUUUCCUGCGUAAACAACCGCACCAUUCUUCUUCUCAACUCUAACAAGUCAUUUUUGGUAGUUUCCAUAAAUUAUGAUAGGCUUACAAUACGACUUCUGGAUCCUGGUCUUGAAAAGAAUCAUGACAGCAACUUGUGCUCCCCACGUUAUACUCUGAUGAAGGCCGAUGUACCCAAACAGUAUUCAUAUUCCAUCAACUCCAACUAUCGUCCAUUCGACUCCAUGGCUGUGAUGAACACUCCGGUGAUAUUCAUCGGCUGUAGAAACCCAGCAAAAUCCCCCUUAUAUGUGAAGAUGGGGGGGUUGUGCAGUAACAACAUUACUUCCCACUCUUACGUCUUAGUUGGGGGUAUUAUAGGAGACAUAGAGAAUUCAUGUAGCAUCACAGCGGUUGCUUGGUACUCAUCAUCUAGAGCUAGACGAUACAGAUCUGAUGAAGAAGAAAUUGGUGACGCACUGGCUUGGGGGUUUGAGCUCUUCUGGUUUCGUUUCAACUGUACUAAUGAAGAGUGUAUAGACCGAUCAUCUGAAUACUGCUUCAUUCGUAUUGACGACAUCGGCGCAUUCAUCCGCUGCAUCAAUGAUACUUACAAUUAUCACCACUGCGAUCUCUUACGUUGGCCUCCUCAUUUAGACUUUAAUAACACCGACUGUCUACCAGACCUGUGGUAUUAUGACAGUGCAAUACUAGGCGAAUACAUUAAGUAUAUCACAAUGGGAAGAUUUAGUUUGGGGUUACUAUUCCUAAUCAGCAUUGUAAUGUAUAAACUACGGCGGCGCCACUUGUCAGCUUAUGACACCAUUGAAGACUACCUAAGCGGUCCAAACAACCUCAUGCCGAUAAGGUACUCCUACUUCGAGAUCAAGAGAAUGACAAAUAAUUUCAAGCACAAAUUAGGUGAAGGAGGCUAUGGAACUGUGUUCAAAGGAACACUCAGAAGUGGCCCUUUUGUUGCUGUAAAGAUGAUGGGCAAAUCCAAGGCUACUGGCCAGGAAUUCAUUAGCGAAGUCGCCACUAUUGGUAGGAUUCACCAUACUAAUGUUGUGCGCCUCAUUGGCUUCUGUGUUGAAGGCUCAAAGCGUGCGCUCUUAUAUGAAUUCAUGCCCAAUGGUUCCCUAGAAAAAUAUAUAUUCCCAAAAGAAGAAAGCAUUUCAUUGAGCCAUGAGAAAAUGUUUGACAUCUCCCUUGGAGUGGCUCGUGGGAUUGAUUAUUUGCACCGGGGUUGUGACAUGAGAAUAUUGCACUUUGAUAUCAAGCCACACAACAUUCUUCUUGACGAGAACUUUAGCCCAAAAGUGUCUGACUUUGGACUAGCGAAAUUGUAUCCCGUUGAAGAUAGUCUUGUGUCACUCACUGCAGCAAGAGGCACAAUGGGCUACAUGGCACCGGAAUUGUGCUACAGAAACAUAGGCGGAAUUUCGCACAAAGCCGAUGUUUAUAGCUUCGGGAUGUUGCUAAUGGAAAUGGUAGGGAGAAGAAAGAACUUGAAUCCAUUUGUGGAGCAGCUAAGCCAGAUUUACUUCCCUUCAUGGGUUUACGAGCAACUCAAAGAUGGGAAGGACAUUGACAUGGGCGAUGCAACAGAGGAGGAAAAGAAGGUUUCAAAGAAGAUGAUAAUAGUGGCACUGUGGUGUAUACAGAUGAAUCCUAGUGAGCGUCCAAGCAUGAAAAAGGUAAUAGAGAUGCUUGAAGAAGAAGAUGUUGAAUUGCUAGAAAUGGCGCCAAAGCCUUUCUUGUCUCCGGAUGAAGUGCCGACUGAUGAAAAUUCCUUUCCAAAUGCUCAAAAUGUGGAGUCGCCACUGUUAUCAGAUAAUCCGGUGCGCUCCUCUAGUUUUGAAGUGUGUGAGAACUAAAUAAUAUAUAUGCAGCUUAUUACAAUGCUCUGUUCUGUAAUAUUUUUAUUUUAGUUUGUUUAU